GGCGGAGUGGGCCUGGGCUCGAGAAGUUUGCGCGGCGGCUGGUGAGCGCCGGGUGCGGGCCCCGCCGGCCGUGCGCGCCCGCUGCCAUGGCUUUCCGCCGGAGGACGAAAAGUUACCCGCUCUUCAGCCAGGAGUUCGUCAUCCACAACCAUGCGGACAUCGGCUUCUGCCUGGUGCUCUGCGUCCUCAUCGGGCUUAUGUUCGAGGUCACCGCCAAGACUGCCUUCCUAUUUAUUUUACCUCAGUAUAAUGUUAGCGUGCCUACAGCAGAUGGCGAGACGGUGCACUACCACUACGGGCCGAAGGACCUGGUCACAGUCUUGUUCUACAUCUUCAUCACCAUCAUCCUGCACGCUGUGGUGCAGGAGUACAUUUUAGAUAAAAUCAGCAAACGGCUUCAUCUCUCCAAGGUCAAGCACAGCAAGUUCAACGAAUCUGGACAGCUGGUCGUCUUUCACCUCAGCUCCGUGAUCUGGUGCUUCUACGUGGUGGUGACGGAAGGAUAUUUAACAAACCCAAGGAGCCUCUGGGAAGACUAUCCGCAUGUGUACCUCCCCUUCCAGGUCAAGUUCUUCUACCUGUGCCAGCUGGCCUACUGGCUGCACGCACUUCCUGAGCUCUACUUCCAGAAGGUACGGAAGGAGGAGAUUCCCCGGCAGCUCCAGUACAUCUGCCUGUACCUGGUCCAUAUUGCGGGCGCAUACCUCUUAAACCUGAGCCGCCUGGGCCUGGUCCUGCUCCUGCUGCAGUACUCGACCGAGUUCCUCUUCCACACAGCUCGGCUCUGCUACUUUGCAGACGAGAACAACGAGAAGCUGUUUAACGCCUGGGCUGCUGCAUUUGGAGUCACCCGCCUCUUCAUCCUCACCCUCGCCGUGCUGGCAAUUGGCUUUGGCCUCGCUCGCGUGGAAAACCAGGCCUUUGACCCCGAGAAAGGGAACUUCAACACGUUACUUUGCAGCUGCGGCACUGGCGCGAGCACUGGAGCGAGCAGAGCGCCAAGCGCAGAGUGCCCACCGCGCCCAGGCUGGCAGCCAGGCUCAUCAAGAGGGAGUCGGGUCCUGGGGCGCUUGCUGCCAGCCCCGCGCUCUCUGUCCAGCCUGGGGGCCUGUCUGCACCAGGCUCUGUUUCCUGAGUCACCGGCCUCUCUCAGGUUACCACGAAAACGGAGUGGUGAAAGCAGAGAACGGAACCUCCACACGGACUAAGAAACUCAAGUCUCCUUAGGGCCGAAGUGCUGAGAACAGGAAUCCUCUCGCGGGCCCAGGAGGGAGGCCCCAUCUCACACAGCAGAAACCUGUCUUCACACAGGGCCUUUUCCUCUUCCUUACGUCUUGGCUUUCUCCUCUUCUUUCUCUGUGAACCAUUCUCAAUAAAACCAAAAAUCUUCCUCUUUCCCUCCCUCCAGCCACCUCACGUCCUCACCUCUGUCCUGUGUCGGGUUUUCUAGAAGCCUGGGCUCUCACGGUUACCUUCCUGCUGGCCUCCUCCUUCUCUUCCUUCACAGCUGUUUCCUUCUCUUUUUACUUGUUAAUUUACCUUACUGUGCAAUUUUUCUGUGUCUGAUUUUUACAAUGAGAGGAGGCGACGCCUGUAGUGCUGGCCACCCCCACCCAGUCCCCAGGACCUGUCCGGGCCGGCAGCCUCGUGCCGGGGAGCCUCCACCAGGGCCGGCGGCAGAUCCCCGUGCGGAUGGGCAGCAGAAGGGGAGACUGGCCCUCCUGGAUCGUCGUCUCCGAGGUGCUGAGGAACUGACGAGAGUAUGAUUCCAGUCCUGCGUGCACCAUCUUGAGGCCCCGUGGGGCCACUGCUAGUUGGAAGUGCCAAGGCAUUUGGCUUUGGGACAUGAUGACUCGGUCCAGAAGGAUAGUGCUGACUGUCUCGGGUCCCAUGACUCGAGAGAGCUCACCAGUGGCCGGUCCUGGACACUAGCCCGCUCUGUCGGGGACGUGCUGAAGGAGGACGAGUCUUCCCACUCUGCAGCAACGGCAAAGCGACCAGAGCGGCGGGCUGUUCUGGAAAGGUAACGCGGCAGAAAUGAUGGAGGCGCCAACCUAGCCUUUCUUUGGCAGGUCCAGCUGCAUUGCUCUUCCCACCAUUCACCAGCAUCCAAAACCAAACCACGCAGCAGUUAACAAACCAGCCUGGCCGGGGACAUGCUGGUUCUAAACCCCAGGCCCAGCAGCCCAGUUGGGCGCUGGCCUUGCACCUGACUUCAUCUCUCUCGCUGCAGGAACACUAAGCCCCCCGUGGCCCCUGGUGCCCCAGGGAGGGUCACCUGGGCCCCUUGCCCUCUGGCCUCACUUGCCAAGUGUCCUUUGGAAUUGUCGUUGUCGUUUGCUGAGCACACCCACAGCGUUUUAGAUGGUUUGAAACCAGGCUGACUCAGAAUCGCUCUGCUGGUUAGAUGGGCAGACACAGCCGUGCUGAUGUGCAUCUUUUGGCCCCCUCUUCCCAAAGACAAGGCAUCCAGGCCCUCAUGGUGCCUUGUGGGGACUCCAGCAAGGAGCUGGGCUCUCAGCAAGGACACCUGAAUGCUGUGGGCACAAGGAUGUUAGUGUCAUUUGAUGUGCUGGUCCUCCUCCUGACAUCACAGUAGAAACCAAACUGGGUUAUUACCCAGAAGGCGGGGAAGUGGGUCUUUUCAUCAAGGCAGCUCCCUUCUCCGGAUCACUUGCAUCAGAGAGGUUUUAAUCUACCAGUGCCUGGGGAUUUGCUUCCUGACACCCUGGUAGACCCUCAUCUCUCCGUUCAGGAUAAGGCUGGGGAGAUGGGAAGAAAUUCUCUUAUUUUGAUUACCCUUAGGAGAGGGACAGCGCUUUUGAAAAUGCGAAUUCCUCCCAUCUUUCCUUCUCCUUCCCUGACACUUACCUGGGCUGCAAAGCAGAAUGUUGGUGAAAGGGCGGCUUAUACCAACCCCGCAGGCCCAGUCUGGAAUCCCUCAGCCAUUCAAAUGGUCCUCCCUUCCUGCUCGUGGCUGUGGCUGACUGUGACUGAGCCAGUGUUCCUGCUUGGCCUAGGGAUGCUGUGCAGCCCACGUCAGCCUGCAGCCUCCUAAGCCUGGCCCAGUUCUCUCCUGGCUGUGUCCCUGGCCUUGGCACUGCUCCUGCUGUGUGCGGGAGGCCGCCCCCGACCAGGGAGCCCUGCUGAGUCAUGCCUUCAGCGGGUACCUGGCCUCCUUGCUGUGGACUUGCGAGCUGCAGGUGAGGUCCUGCCAUCGGGCAGUGACUCUUCUCACAUUCAGAGGUGAUCACCGCCACAGCACACGUGCUUGGUGUGCCCUUGGUCUCCUGUAAGUUGGCCCCUCGUACCGUGUGCCUCUUCAAGGUAGUACCACCAGCCCGGGGCCGGGCCAACUCUCGCCGCGUCCUAAAGGACGGGGUUGGGUCCCUGACUGAGAGUUGGGAAAAUCUUUCCUGCUGCGUGAACCCCCUGAGACCAUGCAUGAGGCUAGCAUCCCACCGGCCGGUUUCAGGACUGGUUUGAGGGGAGGGUGAGAGGAAAACUGUAGGUGCUCUUGUCACCCCGGGUGUGCCUGGCGUGUUUGCUUCAGAGCAGAGCCAAGCCAUGGCAGGCGGGCUCGAAGCAUGUUGCCAGGGGCCGAAAGAAGUCACUUCCAGUUCGUCCUGCCAGCCUGUUGGGUUGGCUUGUCCUGAUUCGGCCGUUCUGGCUAUGUUCUUCAGUCUUAAACACUCUCUGUGAAGGCCCGGCCAGACACCCCCAAGUAUGAGAGGCCGCUUAGCGCCAUCCGCCAGGAGGAGAGCAGAUGCUAACCUACCUCAGCAGCCCCUGCCCUCCCAACAUCCCUGGCUGGCACGCGUGCAGGGGUGCCGGGUGGGGUGGUGUGGGAGAGGAGGCUGGGGGGCGGACGGGUGAUGUUGGCUGCCAGUGCCCCUCCUUGGAGACUCCAUGAUGGGAAGUUGUUUUUACUCUCCAGGCUCUGAUAGCUACACUAUAGUAAAUUACAGAUGUCCCUUCUGAAGGCAGGGCAGGUUCUGGGGGAAGGAGAAGCAGGCCGAGCCAGACCUGCAUCGUUGCCGAGAACCUUUUCCCUUCCUGUCCCAAGGUGGAGCUACCAACGUUUCAGAAACCAGACUAGACACCUGUGCUCUGGCCACCUCUGCAGAUGCUCCUCUUGACUUGAAACCCUUGGAGCCGGGCUGGCUGUUCUGGGAUGCAUGCAGCUGGGUUUGCUUUGGGGACCUUCUUUCUCCAUACCUUUGACUUUCUCCUAAGUGCUGAAUAAGAGGUAGGGGCGGAGAGUGCGCCCCCUCCGGAUUCCACACAGAGAAUCCUAGUCCCUGGGAGCCUUUUUAAAUUCAAAGUGGCGCGAUGCCCCCCACCACCGCUUUGGGUUUCCUUCCGGGCUUCAGCCUCCCUGGUGGCCUGUCCUAGGCCUGGGGGCCAAGAAGGCAGGGAGGUCUGCACGGGACUCACUCCCCUGCUGGGGCGUCAGCGUCCCAGUGAACAGAGCCCGUUCCUGAUGGCUGGGGCCUCUGCUGUGGAGAGUGGCCUUUCUCCCCCUCCCCGCUGCCAUCCUAGCUCCCAGCCCUGCUCCUCAGGAGGGACUGGGCGGGACUGGAGAGCUGGGUCUUGACAGAUCACUGGGGCCUUGGAUCGAGCCUCCGGCCCGGAGCAGCCUUCACCAGCUCCUCACUGGAUCCUAGUUCUCGCGUGAACGGCGACUCAAAAGGCUGAGGCUGACUGCCAGCCCCCCGCCCCGCCCCCAACGGCUCACUCUGUACGAGGGCCCCGAGGAGCACAGGGAUUUGGGCUCUGCGCGGCCCCUCUGCCCCGAGCCGAUCCUGUGUCUUGUGUGUCAGAAGUGCCUUGUGUGCUAUGGUCUCCUGGCCUCCACUUGACUGUGUGGCCAGCGCCCCGGGCCCCGGCACAGUUUCACGUGAAAGGGACAUGGAUUGUGACAGUUUCACCUCGUUCGUCUUAGCCUCACCGCCACUGUCCAGGUCUGGUGGCUGUGAGGGCCCCUUCACGGGCACCUGCCUGUCAGGGAAGCUCGGGGCUCCCGGGGCACCAGACCUCCGCGCCUCGGCCCGCGGGGUGAGCUUUGCUCAUCCAGCUCCCCUCGCGUGUGAAAGAGGAGGCGCCCCGGCUCUAGCCUCUUUUCCUCCAUACUGCUUCCCGUUCGACCCCGCGUUUCUGCGGUAAGGUGUUUACUCUCACUUCCCGGUCACAAGCGGCGCUCACAGGUGCCCGUCUGACGUGGGUCCGGGGGGGCUGUUGCAGGGCACCCCUCCCCCCCCACACGGUGUGCCCGCCCCUCGCCUGCCUCGUCCUCGCUCUUCCGGGUUGUGCAAUACCUCUCCUGGCCAGUGGUCUUUCCCACAGGCCGUCUGUCCCUUCCAGUGCCUGGCCACUGGGGUGGACAGGACCCACGGGAGGGUGGUCGUCGUCCCCACAGAAGAAACAGUAGCCACGCUCCCUCUGUUGCUGUCAUUCUGGUGACCCUGGUGGCACUCUAAGUGGAACACUGUAGCAUCAUCUUUGAAGUCCAUAUAGUUUUAAAACUGUUGAAAACCACCAUCCUCACGAUGGGGCAUUAAUAAGUCAGCAUCUGGGAAUAAGAUCUGUGUGACACCUGAGGCACCACCAUCAGUUCGCUGUAAGGGUUCUAGAGCUUCUUGUUCGUGUGGAGAGGAAGGAGGUUUUCCUGGGAAUCGGCCACGCAGGGACAGCCCUGGUCAUCUGAUCAGAUCUGACUGGUUGCAAGUACCACCAUUUCCUUGGGUACAGAUUCAAGUGUUUAUGUAAUGAGACUACACACCUCAUUUUUUCAGUUCCUCUUGUUUAAUUAAUAAACAUCUGAAGGAUGAGCUGAGGCUGCCGGUGCCCUGAGCAACUCAUAAUGCAAAUGUGGACAAAGCGUUUUUCUGUUUUUCUACUUUAGCCUGUUCAUGUUAUGGACCAAAUUUCAACAAGGAACUCAAGGAAAAUUUGUACCUGCCAUAUUUAUGCUUUCAUGUAAAAGGGGUUUUUUUUGGGGGGGGGGGCUCUUUUUACUUUCAGUGAACUUUCCAAAUCCUUUUUUUUUCUGUCCGGUUUUAAAACAAAUUACGGUUUUGUAUGGAUUUUUUUUAAUGUACAUUUUGAAACAAAUGAUCAACAAAUAUUUUUGAAAUAACUGAAUAAAAGGCAUUGAAUUAUUCGCCUAC